GAAUGCUGGAAACAACCAUUUCACAGGAACCUUCCCGGAUUUUAUUCUGCGCCGCAAGGGCCUUCCUUUCCUGAACUUGGGCAACAACAGGUUCACAGGGACUAUCCCCCGCGAAUUGACCGAGCUUGUCAACCUAGGUUACUUAAUUCUCCAUAGCAACAAUUUCCAUGGAACUAUCCCAUGGGGCCUGCUUGAGCUACCCGGUUUGUUCUGGCUGGAUGUUUCUAACAACUCUCUUUCUGGGGAACUCCCACGUACUCUCAGGGUCCCAAGUUCUCUUAACUGGCUUAACCUGGGAGGAAAUGACUUCACGGGCUCCUUACCAGACUUCUCACGCUGGAACGUCAGCUGUGACGAGAUAAAUCUCAGCGGCAACAACUUCACAGGGUCGAUUCCCGACUCCAUCUCCACCCUCACCACCCUCAAGGGCAUUUUUCUCAACAACAACCAGCUGACAGGCACCAUCCCUUCAGCCAUCUUCACCAUGAAGAAAUUGGCAUACAUCUACUUGGCCAACAACCAUCUCACUGGCAGUCUGCCAGCUGCCAUCAGCCAACUGAGGAAUCUUGAACAGAUCUGGUUGGACAACAACAAGAUUGAAGGCCCUCUGCCAGCUGGCAUUUGCUCGCUGCCCUGGCUGUGGCGCCUCUUCAUAAGCAACAACUCCCUCUAUGGACCCCUUCCAGACUGCCUCUUUGACAAGUGUAUCACACAAAUUGAUGUGAGCGGCAACAGCCUGUAUGGGCGCAUCAACCGAGACUUCAAGAACAUGGUGACGACCAUGGGUGCCCCCGCCCGCGACUUUGAGUACAUAGCGGCUGAUGACAUUCCCCUCGUCAACUUGGCUCACAACUUCUUCUUUGGAGAUGGAGUGCUCUUUGCUCUCGGCUGCAAGGUCUGCCCCACUGAGAUCAACGAGCCCAACAACCUGGGCAUAAGGGACAGCUUUGCAUGGCGAGAGCUUGGUGGCAAGUGCGACUUUCUUGCUCCAAAUAUGCCGGCGAGGGUGAGUCUGUCGGGCAACUGCCUGACCCUCACCCCGAACAACCAGUGCUCAUCCAACGCCACCCAGCGCAGCACGGCAGCCUGCCAGGCGUUCUGCAGCAUCACGGACAACGGCCCGUGCGACGGCCAUGGGGCGUGUGUGCCGGCUGACCCCGCCUCCCCCUCCAACUUCACGUGCCUCUGCGAUGCGGGGUACACCACUGUCGACUCGGGCAACGGCUCCUCCACAUGCGCCAUCGUCCACUCCACCACCAACACCACCACUGUGUCGUCUCUGUCGACGGGUGCCAUAGUGGGUAUUGUUCUGGGCAGCUUUGCUGGCUUCACGCUGUUGGCUUCUGUGGUCGCAUGGCUGCUGUGGCCCCGCGGACAGAAGAAGUGGGAGGGGUUGGACGUGUGUGAGCAGUUCUCGCUGCAGCAGAUGCUGACUGCCACCAGCAACUGGUCGGAGGACAAUGUGCUGGGCAAGGGAGGCUUUGGCGUUGUCUACAAAGGCCGCUCGCCACAGGGCCAGCUGUGGGCCAUCAAGCGCUCCACCAUCAUGACCAACGACUUUGAAACGGAGGUGCGAGCCAUGGCCUCUCUCCACCUCGUGCGCCUGCUGGGCUUCUGCCUGGACCAGAACGUGGAGACGGGCAAGCAGGAGCAGAUCCUCGUGUACGAGUUUAUGGCCAACAGGGACCUGCAGUACCAUAUACACAGGACCAAGCAUCCGCUCUCGCUGCGCCAGAGGUUGCGCCUGGCACAGGGAACAGCAGAGGGCUUGGCAUACCUGCACGGGUUUGACACACCCAUCGUUCACCGCGACAUCAAGCCGGCCAACAUCCUCGUGUCUGCUGACAUGCAAGCCAAGGUGGCUGACUUUGGGCUGCUCAAGCGCCUCACUCACGGCGAUGCUGAUGCCACUCGGGUGGCCGGCACCCCGGGCUAUGUGGAUCCGGAUUACAACCGCACUAACGUCAUCACAGCCAAGAGCGAUGUGUUCAGUACCGCCUCUCCCAUCAUCACCCUUCCUUGCGGGCAUGCCCUACAGGCUAUGAAGCUGUUGCAAGCGUAUGAGCUAGAAGAGCUGAGGGACAGCAAGAUGCCAGCGGCAAGCGAGGAGGCCAUAGUGGACUUUGCAGACCUGGCUCUGGACUGCAUCAAGUCUCCUGGCACACGACGACCCACCAUGAAGGAUGUGGCAUACCGCCUCAGCGCCCUCAUUGCCAAGCACUACCCUGACACGGAGGAUGAGCGAGAGAGUGUUGCGAAAGAAGAAGGGACGAGGAACCAAGGGAUGCCUUCUGAGUCGACUGGAGAUGGAGGGAGGGAGAAGCCUGAGAGGUCUCAUGGCUCACAGUCUGGUGUGAUCUCAUUCACGGGUACUUUCUCUAUGAGUGAUAGCCUCAAGAGCUGGCUGCAGUUGAAGCCAGCCCAAGGGCGUUGA